AUGAAGCUGAGAAGCUGCUGGAUCGUCUGGAUCCUCCUCUUGCUUCAGAUGCGGCCCCAGAUGGAGGCAUCUUCCGGGCAGUCCAGUGCUGUUAAACAGGGGCUGCGCCCCACCCCAGAGGUGGCUGCAUCUCAGCACUGGGUCCCUGAAGCAGCUGGCACUUUCGAGCUGCAGAUCCGGCUGAUGCACAAUGAACGGGGGGUGCUGGCAGACGGGCGCUGCUGCCAGGGCGGGGCAGAGCUGCCAUGUCCCACUGGGGAGCAGUGUCGGACUUACUUCCGGGCCUGCUUGAAAGAGUAUCAGCUGCGUGUCCUCCCUGGGGGGCCCUGCGUGCUGGGGGCUGGCGCCACUCCCGUGCUGGGGGGCAACACCUUCACAGCUAAGCCCAGGAGGGGCGCAGAGCAUGCAGGCAGGAUCACCAUGCCAUUCCAGUUCGCCUGGCCGCGUUCGUACUCACUGAUCCUGGAAGCCUGGGAUGCUGACAACAUCACCGGCCCUGGCACCCCAGGCGGGGGGUCCCUGGUGGAGCGGGUGACACGGUCGGGGAUGCUGAACCCGGGCGAGGGCUGGCAGGAUUUCCAGCACCAUGGGCGGGGCACAGCGCUGGAGUACCGGCUGCGGGUGCGCUGCGCCCCCCACUACUACGGCCCCGCCUGCAACCGCCUGUGCCGGCCCCGCGACGACUUCUUCGGCCACCACAACUGCGACGCCGCAGGCAGUAAGGUCUGCCUGGAUGGCUGGACAGGAGAGGAGUGCACUCGUGCCAUUUGCCACCAGGGCUGCCACGAGCUACACGGCUUCUGCGAGGAGCCUGGAGAAUGCAAGUGUCACUACGGCUGGACGGGCUCCAACUGCGACGAGUGCAUCCCCUUCCCCGGCUGCCUCCACGGGACCUGCACCGAGCCCUGGAAGUGCGACUGCGACACCAACUGGGGCGGGCUGCUGUGUGACAAGGACCUGAACUACUGUGGCUCCCACCAGCCCUGCCGGAACGGCGGCACCUGCACCAACGCGGAGCCGGACGAGUACCAGUGCCUGUGCCCCGCGGGCUUCCGGGGCCGGGACUGCGAGAGGGGGCUGGACGAGUGUCUGCCGGAGCCCUGCGCCCAUGGCGGAACCUGCCACCCCCUCCCAGAUGGGUUCAGCUGCACCUGCCCGCCCCAAUGGACCGGUAAAACCUGCCAACUGGAUGCCAACGAGUGUGAGCGGGAGCCCUGCGUGCACACCCGGGGCUGCAAAAACCUCAUCGGGGGCUACUUCUGUGACUGCCUGGAGGGCUGGACCGGCCCCAACUGUGAGACCAGAGACGAUGGCUGCCAGGGGCGGUGCCGCAAUGGGGGGCAGUGCCAGGCAGUGGGUACCGGGCACGUGUGCUCCUGCCCCGCUGGCUACACGGGCGCGGCCUGCGAGACGGAGCUUGGCGGCUGCGCCAGCACCCCCUGCCAGCAUGGAGCCCGCUGCCAGGAGAUGCCAGGACAGGGGGUGGCGUGUAGCUGCCCGCCUGGCCUCAGUGGGCCCUUCUGCGAGGUCUGGCUGGAUCUCUGCUCCCCGAACCCCUGCCCCAGAGGGGCUUCAUGCCUGGGUGGGGCAGGCAGCUAUGUGUGCUCCUGCCCGGAGGGGGUCUGCGCUGAGGCCGCCGGACAGACCCUGCUCUAUGCCCUGCUGCCCCUGGCACUGCUGCCCCUCCUGGCUGCCCUGCUCUGCGCCUUCCUGAUGCUGUGGACCCGCCGGAAAGGCCGGGCGCUGCCCCCGCAGGAGCUGCUGGCCAACAACGCCCCACACCUCAUCCACAAUGCCACCCAGGGGGACCACGGCCAGCCCCUGGACAAGGGGGGGCUGCCCUUCCCCCUGCCUCGCAGCCUCCCCAAGACGGACAUCUCCAACCUGGAGAGAGCCAAGCUCAACGAACUCAAUGUGGCGGCCGGCCUGGAGCCCAAGCUCUGAUCCAGCGUGGGGGGAGAGCGGGCUGGACCCACGUUGCCCCCCCAUGCUGUGGUAUAAGGGGACCGGGGUAGGGUUUGGCCCUGCACUGGGGACCCUCAUGCCCCCUGAUUCCCCACGGCUCUGCUAAAGCACCUUAACCGCCCUUCCAUGCCAAGGGGGCACAUUCGCUCUCCUCACCCCACCAGGCGAGCGUGGGUCAAACCCAGAGGGGUGCUCCCUGGAGGGAGGGUAAUUCAGACCAGCCGGUUGAGGCUGCCCCAGUUCAUCAGACAGGUGGAAGCUCGCCAGGGGAGGGGAACUGGAUGCC